AAUGACAGUACUAGUAACCGCUGGCAAGGAGGAAGGGAGCCAGCCCCACAAACCCCUACCAGUGGCGUCAUUAACUCCAAAUCUCACAGGGAUGCUCUGCAGCAGCCAGGCAAUCAUCGAGGCCCAGCUCCCACCGCAAACCAGUCUCACCAACACGGAGCUACCAAGUCCCAGCAUAUGAAGGGGAAAAUGGCGUACUAUGCUCAGGCUCAACUGGAAAAACCUCCAUUUUCCUCCUCAUCUUCUCUGUUCUCCUCAGGGCAAAACAGGGCAGGGGACAGUGUGAUUACAAACACAGUUUCAAGUCCGCUUUCCAACUCUCCAACUUACUGCCCGGUUUCUCGCUCCACCGUCAGCUCUGCUCCUCAACCAUCCAGCCCAGCCCUCCCCUCCAAACAGAUGUUCUCUCAUCCGCAAACUCCAACCUCUGUCCCUCAAUCCAUCGAAGAGGCUCUCGACAAACUCGAUGCUGAGCUAGAGGGACACAUGCAGGCUGAGGAAAGGAGGAAGCUAGAGAGAGAGGAGCAAGAAAGAAAAAGAAGAGAAAAAGAGAGAGAAAAGAGGGAAUGGGAAAUGAGACAAAAACAGGAAGAGGAGAGGAAGAGGCUAGAGCUGGAAAAGAAGGAAGAGGAGAGGAAAAGAGAGCUGGAGAAGCAGGAGGAGGAGAACAGGAGAAGAGAACAAGAGAGGCAGGAGCAGGAGAGAAGGAAAGAAGAGGAGAGACGGAGAAUAGAAGUGGAGCGACUGGAGAAAGAGAGGAAGAGGAGAGAGUGGGAGAAGCAAGAAGAGGAAAGGAAAAGGAGAGAAUGGGAGAAGGAAAGGAAGAGGAGAGAGUGGGAGAAGCAAGAAGAGGAAAGGAAAAGGAGGGAGUGGGAGAAGCAGCAGGAGGAGGAGAAAAGGAGGAGGGAAGCAGAAAGGCACGAGCAGGAGAGAAAGAAAAGAGAGCUGGAAUGGGAGGAGGAAGAAAAGAAAAAACAAAAAGAGCUAGAGAGAAAAGAGGAAGAGAAAAAAAGGAUGGAGAGAAACAGAGACGACAAACUGUGCAGCGCAAAAGGAAAAGAACAGGCUGCUAUCGAAAAUCUAGAAAGGCUACUCUGUGAAAACACCUCCCCGGUGCCCCCACCUCCUCCCCUCUCUUCUGUCACUGCAUCUCCUUCAGGUCUAUCUCCACCCAGUGCUCAGGCUUCUCCUCCAUACCCCUGGCUAAGCCGUGGUGGUGUACUCCCCUGCCAAUCAGGCCAGACACCCGCCGCUGCCGCUGUUGCCGCUCAUGUCGAAAGGCUGCGGCCGCCUCCGCUUACACCUCAGACAGACUAUGCCAGAGAAAAGCAAAGGCAGAGGGAGAUGUGGAGUAACAAUGGCGGAAUGACAUUCAGUCCUUCUUCAACAAACAAUACCUCAGGGAUGAACCAGCCGGUAUACCCCAACAAGCCCCCGGCGAUGCAAGCUGCACCCAGCCAAUCCAAAGACCCAGCCAGGGAGAGAGACAGCAGCCAACACUCUCUCCCCACGGUGGCACUAAGAGAGCCCCCGAAGCUGUAUCACGCCUUUUCUAGAGAAAACCUCCCACCACUGUCCUCCACCUCCACCGGGGGAAUCCUCAACAAGCAGCUGACCAGAGGCGGUUUGGAAAUUGCCGACUCUGACAGCGCUCAGUUUGAGGAGGAGUCCUCAGAGUCCACGCUCCUUCCCGACGGUCUGGCUAACAUUAUGGCCAUGCUGGAUGAAUCCAUCAAAAAGGAAGAGGAGCUGUAUAACAGUGAAAAGAAUGGGCCCGCAGGUCUCAUUGACACCUUUUCUCCCAGUGCUGAGCCCAACAAGAACUAUCUUUGCGCCCCAGACUUGGUUCCAGCGACCAAACAUCAGCCCAGUCACGAAGACCGAUCCAACGCCAGUCCUCCUGUGCUCAGCCGCCAAGGCUCUCUGGCAUCACCUUGCAGCCGAACAUCUUCUCUCAAUGAGGACGAUGAGGACUAUCUUAAACCUUCUCCAAAUAAUCCUAAACAGCACGUGGACAUGCCAAUGGGAAUAGGGAACACCAAUUACCGUCACAGUGACUUGGCUAAACUUUACGGUCUCCCUGAACAGAUUAAAAGUGACCCUGAUGAGGACGAAGAUGAAGAGGAUUCCGAGGCCCCAUCUUGUUCUCCGCCACCCCAAAGACCCCACCUUCAUCAGACGGGUGUUAAUAGCAUGUUCAAGUCUCUAGCAACUGUCCUAGAGAGCCAGAAGUAUGCCUACCGUGGCGGGCCUUUUGGGAGACCUCCUCCAUCAGCUCUGGUUGGGGUCAAAUAUUCCUCUUCGCUGUCACUGGGCCCUGAUAUCUGCUGCCAGCAGCAAAGCAGUUCUCCAACAUCAGAUUCAACAAACCCACCAUUCAGUCCUGCUGUCCCACCCAUAAAGUCCUCUCCUCGUUUUCUACUGGAAGAUAAGAAGCUGAAAUUAGAGGACUCGGAUGUCUGGACAGAUGAAGGGGACUCAGAGGAAAGCAUCACCUUUAUUAAAAAGAAAAGCAUUCCUACGAUAAAGCCUAUUAGGCCGAUGAAGGAGGAGCAAGAGUUGACAACCAUCUCUGAAUCUUCUUUGGCAGAGUUGGGCAAGAGCUGUGAGGUCAUGCUUAGCCGACAGUCACUCCAUUACAAGAGCUCCUACGAAAAACAUGACAGCCAAGGUCAAAUGGGGAACAGACACAAACCCGAGAAAGUAAGGGAACACCGAGAGAAAGGCAGAAGCCGAGACAGACAGAGGGACAAAGAAAAGAAGAGAAAGCACGGUCGUAGCAGCAGCAGAAAGCACGAAGAUAGAAAGGAAAAGAAAAAGCAUAGAGACAAGAAAGAUUCUUCUUCAUCCACCCAUUCCAGUUCCAGCCACAAGCGGCACAAAGAUGGCAAGAGCCAUAAAGAGAAAGAUCGCAGAAUCCUAAGUGAUCUCAAUCUCCAGAGAAAGGAGGGCUCAGAGAAAACCUUUGGUCUCUAUGAAACUGAAAAAAGGAAAUGCAAGGAAGCAUCCAGUACCAGCUCCACAAGUGAAGGCGAGCGUAGAGAAUGGACCUCAAGUACGGGAGAAAGAUCUUCUGAGCACAAAAAAGGCGAAUCUGGAUCUUCGUUAGGUUCUACAGAUUUAAUGAAAUUGAAGGCGUUGUCAGAUGGGCCACCAAAAGAGCUCAAGAUUCGGCUGAUCAAAGUGGAGAGCGGCGACAGGGAGACGUUCAUUGCCUCAGAGGUGGAGGAAAAAAGGAUUCCGCUGAAGGACAUUAGCAUCAAGAACACUGCAAGUGAGAUUAUCCGAUCCUGCAAGGCAGCCAGACUCAAAGGGAAGUUUAAAGAAUCCUACUUACUGCCAGCCUUCUCUGUGAAACCCAUAAUAAGCAGAGAGGAACCAAUUCCCAGGGAGAAACUCAACCCUCCUACACCCAGCAUCUAUUUGGAAAGCAAGAGGGAUGCCUUCUCCCCUGUCCUCCUGCAGUUCUGUACUGACUCCAAGAAUCCUGUUACUGUCAUCCGAGGACUAGCUGGAUCUUUGCGACUCAACCUUGGGCUCUUUUCAACAAAAUCCCUGGUGGAAGCCAAUGCAGAUCAGAUGGUGGAGGUGAGGACUCAAGUGCAGCAACCUGCCGACGAGAACUGGGACCCUAGUGGCACGGGCCAGACGUGGCCCUGUGAGAGCAGCCGCUCCCACACCACCAUCGCCAAGUACGCCCAGUACCAGGCCUCCAGCUUCCAGGAGUCUCUCCAGGAGGAGAAAGGCAGUGAUGAAGAGGAUGAUGAAGACGAUGAGAAGAAGCCACCCAACAGUUCUGAGACUCCCAACAAAGACAGCUCUAAAGAAACUUGCAAUGGUGAGCAGAAACCAGUUGGGAAAAUCAUUAAAUUUGGCACCAACAUUGAUCUCUCUGAUCCCAAGAGGUGGAAGCCUCAGCUUCAGGAGCUGCAGAAGCUUCCAGCAUUUAUGCGCGUGUCAUCCAGCGGAAACAUGCUGACCCAUGUCGGACACACCAUCUUAGGCAUGAACAGCGUCCAGCUCUACAUGAAGGUCCCAGGGAGCCGAACACCAGGUCACCAGGAGAACAACAACUUUUGCUCAGUGAACAUCAAUAUUGGCCCCGGAGACUGCGAGUGGUUCUGUGUCCAUGACAACUAUUGGCAGGCCAUCAGUGACUUCUGUGAGAAGCACGGAGUGGACUACCUGACAGGGUCCUGGUGGCCAGUCCUGGAGGACCUCUACAACGCCAACAUCCCAGUGUACCGCUUCAUCCAGCGGCCUGGAGACUUGGUGUGGAUUAAUGCUGGUACUGUUCACUGGGUUCAGGCUGUGGGCUGGUGCAACAAUAUUGCCUGGAAUGUUGGACCCUUGAAUGGCUACCAGUAUCAGCUGGCGCUCGAGAGGUUUGAGUGGAACGAAGUGAAGAAGGUGAAGUCCAUUGUCCCCAUGAUUCAUGUGUCCUGGAAUGUGGCCCGCACUCUGAAGACCACUGACCCAGACACCUACAAGAUGAUCAAACACUGCCUGAUGCAGUCCAUGAAGCACAUCCAGAUCCUGCGUGACCAGCUGGUGGCUGAAGGCAAAAAGAUUUCCUAUCAGAGUCGAGUCAAAGACGAGCCUGCCUACUACUGCAACGAGUGCGAUGUGGAGGUGUUCAAUUUGUUGUUUGUGACGAGUGAGAACAACAGCAGGAAGACGUACGUGGUUCACUGCGAGGACUGCGCACGACGCCGCAACCCCAGCCUGACCAACGUAGUUGUGCUGGAGCAGUACCGCAUAGAGGAGCUCAUGAACGUAUACGAUUCCUUCACCCUGGCCUCCUCCUCCCGAUGACAGAGCUCCCCACGUACAUCUCCUCAGCCAUAACCAAAACUCCUGCGAGGCAGGACAAAGACAGUUUCACUUUGGUUUUCAACUUACCCAUUCAUUAUUAUUUAGCAUGAUUCUUGCGACUACUGCUACUACUUGCCGAAUAGCCAGUUGACUACGUUUACUCAUUACUUGUUUACAAAGAGAAAAAAAACCAAGCCGCCAAUAAGAUACCAGUUUACUCUCAGAUGGUGCUUUCAACGAGAACCCCUGGACUCUGUGGUGGUUGACGGGGACAGUUGGUGCUGUCAUUGAACAAACUGUGGAGGGUAGUUGAUGGUCUCAGCGGCGUGUUUCUGUCAGUACCGGAAAGAACUCUUCUCUUGUCUUGAAUAUUGAAAUUUGUACAUGCUGUUUUGAAAUUUCUCGUGGGGUGCUGUCUUUUUAAAAAUAAUUUAUUGUUGUUUUGUUUGUUUUUUUUCUAAACUAGAUCCGCCUAGAUAUAUACCACAUUGGCCUUGUAUUUAGAAAAGAGAAAAUGGAAAAAUACUAAUAAUAGAGUUAUGAACAUUUUUCUAAAAGCAUUAAGAAUUUAAAAAUUGUUUGGAAUGCUUCAAAAGAUACGGGUUAUAGCAACUUUGGUUGUUUUUUGUGGGGGGUUGGGGGAGGGGCUCUUGUGUUUUUUUAAACUUUACUUUUUUCAGAAGUUUGAAUGUGUUGUAAAUUUUGUUUCUAUGAGUUCUAGCUUUUGUUUUCUCUGGAGAUUAAUAUUCAGUUGUCACAGGUCGUCAGGUCUUGUUCAUUUCUUCACUCUGUGUAUGACCUCUCUCUUUAAAAAAAAGAAAAAGUCAUUGUCCUCUGGUGUGUGUUUUGUUUGUUCCAAUAUGCAGACUUCGUAUUUCCUGAACUUUUUUUUUUUGGCAUUGUACAUUUAAUUUAAAAUGUUUCCUCUAUUUAUUGGAUAUUGGCGUUCUCCCUUUUCUGAUAGGGUUGUACAAUUUUGCUAUGUUUUAUUCCCUUUGUUUUAUGGUGACUGUUUGCUCUGUAAGAACUAAAACAUGGAGGCUGUGUCCGACGGAGUGAAGGCUACUGUUUCUCUGGUGCUCGCCUCUCGCCUCCUGUCUUUUCUCUCAUGAUAUAUAUUAAAUUAUAUCUUUAUCUUUAAUAUAACACCACCUUUCCUGUAGACAAUAGGCACACUGCUCACGUAGAGAAGAUGACUAAUGGAAUGCUGUGUUUGUACGCUUAUUAAAAAAAAGAACAGAAUGACUUUUUUUCCAAAGUCUUUUGAGAAAUGGUAAUUUUUUUUAAUAUGUAGGGGGCUUUUAGAUGAGAUUUUAAUGAUUUUAUGAUAUCUGUUGAAUAUGCUAACGGGAUAGAUGGUGCUAAAUGUUCUCUCUGAACAAUUUUUCUUUUUUUUGUCUUCUUAAAAUGAGAAUUCUAUUUUUCCUGUUGCAAUAUUAUCUUACACUUUCCUUCUCUUUGUGGUCAUUCAUUUAUAACUGCACUGUUUAGAGAAUCCACACAGACAUACUUGCAGACAUACACACCAAACUGAGCCAGACAUGUCUUAAACACUUGUGAAUUUGUGACAUUACUAUGACUAUUAAUAAACGCUUUUUGAUAAAUUCAGA